UAGAUUGAAUUAUUGCCAAGUAAAGUCUACGAACCACACAAUACAAGCCAGGUAGAAUGAGCCGGUUUUUCUCGGGUACUUGCAAUCAUUCAAGUUAACAAGCUUGUUCGCAAUUUUGUAUCCGCGUAGCCUGUUAGUCGUGUUGUUUAAGUUGUUUGUGAUGGAAAGUAACAUAAUAGAGAAGAGGCUUUAUGAUGCAACCUUGAAAGGUGAUGUAGAGACCUUGAAAGCGUUGAUGAAAGAAGAUGAGCUCGUUCUUGCCCGAGUUUCGGUCACUUCUUGCUUUAACCAAACGCCCUUGCAUCUAGCUGUCAUGCUAGGCCACUAUGACUAUGCGAAAUCUCUCCUACUUUACAAGCCCAAUUUUGCUACUUGGUUGGACUCGCAAGAUCGUUCACCUCUUCAUUUGGCAUCUGCAAAUGGUUAUGUAAAUAUUGUCAAUUUGUUGUUACAAGAAGAUCCAAGUGUUUGUCUGGUACGAGACGAGGAUGGAAGAACUCCCCUUCAUCUCGCGGUAAUGAAUGGUCAGUACGAGUCCAUAAACAAGUUAUGGGCAGCCAAGCCAGAGGUCACUUGCUACACGUUGGAUCACGGAGAGACUAUACUUCAUUCGUGUGUCAUAUACAAUCGUCUGAAACCUCUCAUUCUUCUACUGGAAUCCACUACACUCGACGAGGAUUUAACAAAUGUCAAAGAUGGAAAUGGCAGUACAAUUUUACACACUGCAACAGCUCUAAGGCGAACACAGCAAGUAAAAUACCUGCUCACCAGAAGCGAAAUUAGAGUAAAUGAAGUCAACGGAGAUGGCCUCACAGCUCUAGACAUAACAGAGGAAAUGCCUAUAGAUGUGAAAACCAUAGAAAUUAAGCGGCUACUUAUUUCCUCUGGCGCUUUAAGAGCUAAAGAAUUUGGGAACACAACGCGCCAAUUGACCACAGAAGAUACUAAUAAUGCUCAGACAUCAACGAAACCACGCUGCAAUAGAAGAGCUAAGUUAGUAAAGACCGUGAAGAAGUGGAGCAUUUUGAAGAAGAAAGGUGAAAACAAAGGCGACUCAUUACUCGUGGCAGCGACUGUCAUAGCUGCCAUGGCUUAUCAAGCAGCAGUUAGCCCGCCUGGAGGUGUCAUCGGAUUGGAUGCCAAUGAAAUCAAAACAAGUGCUAGAAAUGAUAUGGAACCGGGAACAUCAAUUUUGGCGCAUUUUGAUCCAAAAACGAGUAAAUUCUUUUGGAUAUUUAACACAAUAUCUUUUAUUGCUUCUCUUAGCAUAAUCUUUUUGUUUGUGACUGGUAUAUCUGCAAAACGAAAAAUCUUCAUUCGGGUUCUGCGGGCAGCAAUGUGGAUUAUAGUUUCGUCAAUGGCCGUGGCAUAUCUAGUAGCAGUUACAACCUUCAUUCCGGGUCCGAAUAGAAACAACAGCAGCACAUUUGUGACAGUUUUGGUGGCAGCGAUGACAUGGGACGGAUUGAUUUUCGUUUCACUUUUGUUUCUAAUCUAUUUUUCAGUCAAUGCUGCUUUGAAAAAAUUGAAAAAGUACAGAAAGAGUAUGUCUAGAAAUAGAGGUGGAGGGAUUCUUACCGAAAGCACAAGAAGUUUUGUAUGAUUAGUUCAUUGUUCAUCGCUUCUUUGAGUAUAAUCUUCUUGUUCUCAUAGUUCAGAGUUUUCAAUGCAGCCUGACAACUACUAUCAAUGAAUUGUACUAAUACAUAAAAAUCAAGUUAGCGAACAGACCCCUAAAGCAAUCCAAUUGAAGUGUGA